UCGGUGGCAACCAACACACGUCUCUUUCAUCAUCUCAUAAACAAUUGGAAAUUUCUCCCUGCUCCGUCUGACAUGCCCAAGUGUUCAAUUCUGGAGUUCUCUGUUGACUUCGAGUUCCGAUCAUUGCUUCAUUCCCACUUUGCCAUGCUUUUCUUCGAUCACGUGGUAACCACUAUGGUUAAUGCCUUUCUUGACCGUUCUCAGCAGCUUUACGGACUUGAAGCUAUUCCGCGCCAGAAGCCGCAGAUUCUUAAAUACCGCAAAUAG